CUCAAGGGUAGCCUGCAGCCAGCAGGGCCAGUCCCGAGUGCCUGUUUACACGGCAGAGCACCGGGAUGCUCCGGCAGAGUGGCAACACCUGACCCCGUCAUUGGCAGCGGGACCGUCGGGAAGUGACGAGCGGCCCGGUGCCGUCCCGGGAUGGCCGCGGCCUGGCCGUUCAACACUGUGAGAAAAUCGCUGCCGUCCAGACGGAAUUUAUUGGCGCUAUGUCUGACCGUGCCGUUGACUCUGCUCGUCGGAAAACUGCCAGGACGUGGCGGUGUCUUGCGGCGGCCGCCGGCGCCCCCUGAGGCCGGCUGUCGCCGCGUAUACCGGCUGGGCGCCGUCUCCUACCGACAGGAGGAGGAGUGGCCGGCCGUCGGCGGCUGCGUGGCGCCCCUGCUCACGCCUGCGCUGCUGCGCCGCUGUGUGGAGCAGCGCGCCCGCCGCCGGCGCCGGCCCACCUCGCUGCUCGUGCUGGGCGACUCCCGGAUGCGGCUGCUGUACCAGCGGCUGGCAGAGGAGCUCGGCGCGCCCACGCCGCCGGAGACCACCAAACCGGACGGCUCCUGGCAGCGUCACAUCCACUGGACGAACUCUCCGGAGCGCUGGUGUCAGCUGUGUCCGUGGAACUGCUGUCCGCGCGCCGCCGCCGCCGCCGGCGUGGCGCUGCGCUUCGAGUGGCGGCCGUUCUGGACAGAGGCCAUGGUGUCGGAGCUGGAGGCGGCCGCUGUGAGCUGCGAGCGCGGCCACCGCGACUGUCCCGACCUGGUGCUGGUGAAUGGGGCGCUCUGGUACCAGUUGCUGUCGCCGCGCCUGGAGAUGGCUGAGCUGAUGCGGCAGCAGGUGUCUCGCGCGGCGCCCGCCCUCGCCAGGCUAGCCUCACUGACCCGACUCGUAUGGAAACUGGAUGAGGAGACCAUCAACGACAUCGUGACCGACGUGCACAGGUCGGGCCCGGCUGAGGUGCCCACCCUGCACGCCGUCGUCUACGACGCAGCGCGCAAGAUUCCCGGUCUGGUUAUCUGGUCUUCAGCACUUCCCGAAUCGACCGGAUUUACCCGAAUCAAGUGUCAGCCGUUGAAGCAAUUCGUCCGAUCCGGCGUUCUGAACGAGGCGACGUUUCACCACGAGUGCGGGCAGGACGUGGUACACGGCAGCGUAGCCGUCAUGACCAAGGCCGUUCAGAUGAUGUUCACUGAUCUGUGCGCUCGGGAUUUAGAUUUCACAACUCUCGAAGAGGAAACCCAGAACAUGUCAGUCAUGCCACCGUUCUGUUGUUCAACUCAAAUGGAUACAUGAGUGUGUGCAUUAACAAAUGUUUGAUAUUAUGUGGCUCGUUGUUUCGUUCGUAUAAGUAAUAAGACUAAAAAAUGUUGCUGUCUUUCACAAGUUUAAACCUGCUCCGGGCCGGUGUUCGGGGCCAAUCGCGCCUGGCCGGGGGGGGGGGGGGAGAGGUCCGUUGGACCCACUUGCCGUUCAGCCCCUGAUCGAGCUAGAGCUUCGUGGAAAAAAACGAGCGUAUUGCCCGUGACGAGUGGAAGCCGGCGAUACCUUAUUGGAUGAACUUAAGUCGUUGGAUGAACUUCCAGGUCAGGUCAAUAACCCAAAGGUCGGGAAAAUUAGGACCAGUCAGAAUUGGGUUGGUAUGGAUUUUUUUUUCGAGGUCCUGAUCACAAAUUUCAGGUUAGUUUUGAUCACCGAUGAUGUCUUCAUGCAUUUAGGUCAGAUCGAGUCAAGUCAGGUCAGGUCAGGUCAGCCAGUAGGGGUCCUGCCGGGCCGCGUAUUCAUAAUAGGUGCCAACUUCCAACCACCGUCCACCACUGACAGCUUCGUUACAUGCUACGAAGACACCAAAACUACUUAGUACAUGUUCAAAUGGUUUCUUAAUUCGAAAUCAGCUAAAAAACGAGAAUUGAAACAUGUAAAGCUAGAAAAGGUGAACCAAGGUCAUCACGGGUCAAUGACCUGACCUGACCUUCACGUGAUCUUGACACCAACCAUUAUGCAUGGGAUGGGACCGAUAUCAUUUCACAUGUUUGAACGUUUAAAACGACAAAAAGACUACAUACGCGCGAAUAAUGUGGGCCAACAUACGCCGAAUCGCGAAUCCGGCCAAACAUGGUCUCGAAAAUAGGUCACAGGUCAAAGGUCAUUUGGGUGAGGCUCAUGAAAUUUUCAGGUUAUAUGUAAAGUUAACUAACUCGAGGGCAUUGAAAAUCUCGUCGCGAUCGGCCGCUUUUUGCGCGAGUUAUUCGCGUAAACCGAGGGGGUCCGUUCGACCCCCUAUAUGUGCGAGGGUUACAUUUUUCGAAAAACCGGCGCAUAACUUGGGAACCAAUAGCGAUGCAGCACCGCGGAAAAUCAAAUUAGAGAUAACCCUUUUAACGCUCUUUCUGGAAUAGCUCUGAAAUUUAACUAGGGCCAACGGUUUAGUCUCCAGAGGAAAAAAAAAACGCGUAAAAUAUCCGUUUUUACGAAAACAGAUUUUCUGAAAUAGCUUUAGACUCAAUAAAGGUAUGCCAUUAUUUUGCCAGCAUCGUGUUCCUCAAGUCUAGAAGCGUCGAACAGACUAUAAUUUGACCUUGAAAGGUCAUUUUGAAAAUUUGACCUCAGGUCAAGGCCACGACCUGACCGGAAAAGGCAAUGUUGCAUACCAGUAAAUCCGUAUCGUCGACCUGAGCAUACCUAAGGUGCUUUUUAUCGCUCUGGUAUGCCUCUAUCAAAUGUUAUUGCCAAAAAACUGCUGAGGACUUUUCAUGAGAUGACCUAGGGGACAUAAGGAGGGGUCAGAGGCGCUAGUUUCCUAUCGAGUGUGUAGAUUUUACCUGUAUCCCGAUGUUUGAGUGUCUACUGUCUAGAACUGCGUUCGUCCAAAAGAGACGCCUUUCAAUUUUCUCCCAUUUCCUUCUUACGGAGAGGUCGCAAAAUUGCCCUUAGGUCACCGAUGUCAAAAUUCCGAGAUAAACAUUCUAUAGUCACUGUCGCCGUUAUCAAUCGCUGAAAGUUUCAAGGCGAGCGUUUAGUCGGUGUAGCUUUGACUAGAAUUCUAGCUUUUCUGACGUGAGGUCCCUUGACGUGACGUGACCACGGAGCGUCGCCUUUUUUAGAUUUAUGCGAAAAACCGCAGGGGGCGUCCAAACCACCGGCCCGGCGCGGGCUAAUGUGAGAAUGUGAGGCAGUUAACUAAUCUAUCGGCACACAAUGUGCGACAUCAAUAACAUUCCCACCUGAAUGUUUGUGCUCUAGCUUUCUUUCAUAACAAACAAUACAAUACUACUGCGGUGUGGUGGGAACGCGAGUAAAAUCGAGUGCAGCAAACUCAAUUGCCGAGAUGUCACUUAUGUUGUGUGGCUGACACCCCGCAUAUGGUGAACGUGGUAUCAUAGAUAGCAUGAUUCAUGUUAUCUAUGGUGGUAUCCAUAACACCUGAAGCACC